UUUUCGUUUUUUUUCCUUCUUAACUGGGGGGGUUGGAAGAGGUUUGCUCGGUGGAGAGAUCAUUGGUCGAUCCUUUUUCAAAGUGCUAGAAGAUCUAACUGGAGGGGCUGGUGCGGAAGAAUUAGUUCCAAUAUCUCCAUAAAGAAAAGUGGCUGA